UUUUUAGUCAUUUAGAUAUAUGUAUACACACACACACACACACACACUUUUCAUAUACGUACACAACAAUAAGGGAAAUAAGGCGAAACAAGGAAAACCCAUACAAAAACAGCAUAAGAAGGCUACACUUUUUCGACGCACUUUCUGCGAAUCGCGUCAGGACGUAGCGCGCGGCAAAUGCUACGGAUAGUGUAAAGGGUUGGAUCCUUUCGAGAUCUGCGUAUGUUUGUGUGUGUGUAUGUGUAUGUGAGUGUGUUGUUGUGUGAAAUCGGAAGAAGUAGCAAGGGUGAAACCCGUACACUGUACAACUCCAAUCCACACUCGGCAGGCGUGAGGCGUGCGGGAUCUCGCCGUAACUAUAAAGGCUAGAGGUUUUUUUUUGUAUUGAUACCAGAGAUUUGGAUUACCGUUACGACCGUUUUCCUUCGCAUCAUCUACAACACCCCGGAUCGGAAUAAGGGCUGUAGCUGCGCAACCAGGCAAAGUCAGGAGUUCAUCUGUGCGGUGCGGCAUUGCAGAACGUUAGCACAUACACACAGCGGAACCAACGACCAGGAAGUGCAUACUUCAGAAAACGGAAGAAGUAAGAAACAGAAGAAAAAACAGGAAAGGACAUCCACAGCCAACCGAGCGUGAAACGAACGGAAAACGGGCAACGAGAACGGAACGCAGAACACUAUUUACAUAGGAAGACGGUAACCGAAAAAGAAGGGGAAUAGGUGGAAAACAAAAGAUCAAUUGCUUCCUAUUUACAAAAUUAUCCUAGUAAAGAUUAAUUAUAUAAUCUUACAACACGCGUACACGACAAAAGGUAAACGGCAAGUAUUAAAAAAAAAAUAAAACCGGAGGUAAGCGAAAGCGCCAACCAAACCGCGUGUCCACGACGAACGGCUAGAGCAGCUAGAACCCAUCAACCUUGCGAGGCGAAGCUAGCUAACCACUACAGGCACGCAAAGGAAGCGAAGGCAGUAGCCAACCCCAAGAUUCCGCGCGCUGAAAUAGCCAUACAAACAUACACCAACAUACACCAGUAACACACGCCGUACGCCGACUAGCCGGUGCGGGUAUCGUGCCCAACUUCCAAAAACGCCAGCAGCCUCCGCAACCCAGGAAACAUCCCCUCCGCAACACGAGUGAAGCCGAUAUCUAGUGACACAGUGAGGUGACAGCUGCACGACAAUCAACAUUAGCAUUCAAACAAAGAGAACAAAAAACCAAGAGUGAAAUUUAAAAGACAACAAAACAACAUAAACAAUACUCCAUCCCCGCCCCGCCACCCCCCUCCCUACCGCUCUCGCGUGACUGCCGUAGUAGCGCCACUGGAGGCCUAAACCCCCGGUCCGUGGGCGAAAGCACCGUCUUGAGUGUCUCACUACCACUACUGGCCGGAUCACGUACACAUCGGCAAACCAAACAUCAGCCGAACUGACCAGCUUCCGCAGUGUAAUUGGCAGAGCAGCAGAAGCAAUAUAAACCUGCAGUAUUCACAUUCCAACGGCGUGAAAACCGGGGGAUAACAAAACACACACCCGCCAACGAGGAAAAAAAAUACAAACCCCCUGCACACCUACAUCACGCCCGUAGCGGCCAACUAUAUAUAUAUAUAUACACGUAUGUGUGUAUAAAAGGGUAAAAAUCUUCUUUAACCGUACAACACUAGCACAAAUUUCCCGUCGUAAACAAAGCAACGAACAAGUGCAAGGCAGAGCCGAGCAAGCGAGAUAGGUGUGGAAAACGUGUAAAAGUUGACCGCAGGAGGAUUUUUUAAGAAUACAAAAGAAAGCCAAGCAAUUUAGCAAAACAAAGUAUAGCAAAAACCACUAAAUAUUCUAGUCAAAACAACAAAAACAACAACAAAACAAAGGCAUAAAUUCACCAACCCUCUUCACCCUCCCCCAUCACGCCACGGUUUAGAAAUCGUCCGCGGUAUAUUGGCUGUUUGAGCGAAUUUUUACUACGAAAGUGCAAAGCGCUUUAUAAAAAAAAAGGAAAAGGAAGCCUGUUCUUAACUCACCCAACAAUUUCCAGUUUUUUCGAGCGUAAGCAACGUACACGAGUAGGUGUGGUUUGGACGUGAGUGUGCAUGUGUGUCUGAGUGUAUGAAAGAGAAAGCAAGAGAGUGUGUGUAGCGUGUGUUUAUAAAAAGAAAAGCGCGCGUGCAAUACUUACGAAAAUUCACUUAGCCGGGUGAACGGGGCACUGCAGUAGUAAGCAGUACCAGAAUAUAGCGAGAGAGAAAACGAAAGACAGCAACUAGUCACAAACGCAGCCAGCACUAUCGGAAAGCCGAGCCCCCCCCCAUCCCCCUUCAUCUGUCUAAUCGCUUCCCCUCUCUAUUGAUCGAACCAGCAAAGGUGCCCCCACUCAGUGAACUCAGAGAACAAACACUCACGUGCUGUGGCGAGCUGCGCGCAACAGAACAAAUAAAAAGCAACAGCGAAUCCAUCCAUCUUAAUAAGAUUAGCGAACACAGUAGUACCGCGGCAGCCGGCGACACGAUGAUCUCGAACGGAUUGGAAACAGUGCAGCAGAAUGGGCGCUCCGGCUCGAUCGGCAGCGGCCAGGAGGACAGCAAGACUAAUCUGAUCGUAAACUAUCUGCCGCAGACGAUGACACAGGAGGAGGUAAAGUCGCUCUUCUCCAGCAUCGGCGACGUCGAGAGCUGCAAGCUGAUCCGCGACAAAGUCACCGGACAAAGUCUCGGGUACGGGUUUGUCAACUACCACCGGCCGGAGGACGCAGAAAAAGCAAUCAACACGUUCAACGGGCUGCGCCUGCAGAACAAAACGAUCAAGGUGUCGUUCGCCCGGCCAAGCUCGGACGCGAUCAAGGGCGCCAACCUGUACGUGUCCGGCCUGUCCAAGAGCAUGACCCAGCAAGACCUGGAGAAUCUGUUCAACGCGUACGGGCAGAUCAUCACCUCCCGUAUACUAUGUGAUAACAUUACCGGCCUAUCGAAGGGCGUCGGCUUCAUCCGGUUCGACCAGCGCUCGGAGGCGGAACGGGCGAUCCAGCAGCUGAACGGCACGACACCGAAGGGUGCCUCCGAACCGAUCACGGUGAAGUUCGCCAACAAUCCUAGCAAUAACAUCAACAAGGCGAUCCCACCGCUGGCGGCGUACCUAACACCAACACCGAACCUGCGCCGUUUCCCACCGGGACCGAUCCAUCCGCUCAGCGGCAGAUUCAGCCUGCCGUCAAACUUUAGCCGCUACUCGCCCCUCACCGGCGACCUGGGCAGCUCAGUAUUAUCCGCAAACGCAAUCAACGGAUCCGGCUGGUGCAUCUUCGUGUAUAACCUCGCGCCGGAAACGGAGGAGAACGUGCUCUGGCAGCUGUUCGGUCCGUUCGGUGCGGUCCAGAGCGUGAAGGUAAUCAAGGACCUGCAGACGAACAAGUGCAAAGGUUUCGGUUUCGUUACGAUGACCAACUACGACGAGGCCGUCGUCGCCGUCCAGUCGCUCAACGGCUACACGCUCGGCAACCGCGUCCUGCAGGUUAGCUUCAAGACUAACAACACCAAGUCAAAGGCCAAUUAAAAAUGGGAAAAAUUUUAAGUUUCUUUAAACCGUUUUACACCUAUGCUCCCAGGGUUUUCGAUUCACUUUGAUGCAUUUACCACCCACCAGUCCAUUGUGUACCCAUUAUGGGUAAGAUUUACUGCGAUUAAGAUUAGAUUUCUUUUCUCUCCCUCUCGUGCUUCAUUCUGCACGCUUUUAUGCUUGAUUCUGCAUACGCGGUUGCGUGCAAUUGGUUUUUUAUCUUUAAGUUUAAACAGGCUUCCAAGAUGCAGGAAGAUUUUAGUAGCACCCUCAUUUCGAACGUAAUGAUUCAAAUUUGAUACGAACAUGCAAAUCAUACGGAUGUUGUGUAUCAAACGGUAGUCCCACUCUUGCCAGGGAGCUGUAAUGUUGACUUUGUGUGGAGCAUAACAUUAAUUUUGCAUACCAAACAACACAAAACUAGCAAAACCAUCCCAACCAAGUAGCAAAACCGACAACAUGCGCACAUGUGACGUACACAGUAAGCAGGGGCAGAAACACGCACAAUGCGAUCACGUCAGUGAUCGCUAGAAUAGCGCCGUAAGUUGGUGCGUCUUAAACCAUCGAUAUCCCCGCCAGUCUAAUGUAUGUGUUUGAUUUUUUUUCCAAAACCCCCAGUAAGACGAGUCUUCUCGACAAAUGGUGCAAUAAUUAUUUCCUUGGCCAUACUAACCCAUUACUAGCGAUUAAGGAUGAAUGUAUUUAAUUUCAAGACUAUAUAUGUGAGCGUGUGCGAAGGUUAUGCCGGUCAUUUCAAAUGAUGCAGUCAGUUUUGUUUCCACCCCCGUUUUUCCCCGUGAAAGCCCCCAAAAUGGCACCUUAGUGAAAUUGAUAACUAGAGUCAAAUUGCCCAAAACGCUCAAAUAAUCUUUGUAAAGCAAAUAUAUUAAAUGUAAAUGAUAUUUUAGAAUGGUGAAAAACGGAAGGUAUGUUGUAAAAAAAAAAACGAACACGCUUGCAGAGCUUCCGCUCUAGUAUAGGAACCGGGAAUGGCUAUACCCGAAUAGUUUUUACCAAUCAUGGCUGUCAAAAGCUGUCUGAAACAUUGAGAGGGUAUAGAGCAAAGAGCAGUGAAAAGAAAGGAAAUUGAAGGAAACAUAAUUGGGCAGCAUUCACAAGGUGUGACAGAGCGCGUUACAGAGAGCCCUCCGCCUAAUAUCGAAAUACAAGUCUAGAACAAUUUGUAUGUGCAAUAAUAAUCAAUCUAAAACGAACAAAAAGCAAGGCCGACGGCAUUCGAGAACAACUGUGAAUUAAUAAUAUAUAGUUUAGCAAAAUCCAUAUAAAUGCCACCUGGGGACGGUGGAAACAAAAAUGACGCGCAGUCAUUCGAGGCCGCGUUGCAUCACCGCAGGAGAGUUUUAUGAUUAGGUUAGGUCGAUUUAUUUUCUCAUACGCAUACUGCGUAAAUAUAUUUAUUGGCUUAUUUAUUUAUUUUUUAUUUAUUUAUUUAUUGACCUAUUUACUUGAUCACUUAUCACCGCUUAGUUGGUAGGCAGCGUUACUCACGCACCGCGAGCGAGGACGAUAAGUUUAAACACCUCAGCGUGACAACCCCGUUACGCUUCCCCGCACGGUUUACAAUUUGCAGAUUUGAAAUAUGUUAACCGAAAUGGUAACAUACUAAGGUGGAGGAAAUACAGCAGACAAAUCCUGGCAAGUGAGCUCGAGCCGCCUUGAUAAUUAAAUGAGCGCACCUGGCGGAAGAGCAAAGAAUCCGCUCAUUCUCUCCUGCGUGCCCCUCGGCAAUAACUAUUUUGUAUCGUCUCUCCAUCUCAUUCUAUUCUAAUCUUAUUUAUCUGUACUGUACUCACAAACUAAGUAAGCCAAGUAUUUAUCUCUUACCUUAUCAUUCUUAAUGAGUAAUGAAUUAUUAAUUAUUCGAUGUAUCAGCAUUAUUCAAUACAAAAAAGAAAAGAAAAAAAAAGGAACGCAUUAUGGUGUGCGCAAGCCUGCGUUUGUGAUUCAGAGUACGUCAAAACACAACACUUGUUUGAUCUCAGCUUGUUCCUCACCGAAGCUAAAGCAAAUGUAACCAGCCACUUGCAAUCAAAGAAGACUUGCACACACACCCUAGCGCACCGGACUGGCAAAAUGCCUUCAAAGGAAAGCAAGAAGGAAAAGAGGAGAAAAGACACAAACAAGGAAUAUAUUACGUUCCAUGUACCAUUUCCUUUCAAUUUUAACCAUUUAAUUCCAAUUAAUCGAAUAAUUGUAUCGUAUUAUCCCCGUAUGUAAAGCACGCAACAUGCAAAUGAUUAUUAUGAAUAGUAAUUUAUCUUCAGGUACGCGGUUCGCUCCUUUUCUCUCUUUCUCUCUUGCGUACGCACCGGCAGCACGCUCUAUACUAAGCGUUCCUUAUUUAACAUCGCUGUUAAGCUAAAACGAUUCAAUCCAGUAGCCAGAGAGGUGAGAAAGCAAUAGAGCCAAUAUAUGCUAGGCUGUGCAAACGCACGAGAGGGAAAGAGAGAUAGAGCGCGGAAGUAGGAGAGGACGUACCAUCUUGUUCUGAUUCUUUAACGGGAUUCAGGAGGGACAGGAGCAUUUAAAAUAAGUUUUAAAUAAGAUGUUCAAUAAUUUAGCACUUGUGUUAUUCCUAGUAUGAAUAUGUGUGUGUGUCUCUGUGUGUUGGUGCGGUACGUAAUGAAGUAUGGUGAUUUGCCCCUCACACUUCCCUACGCUUGUGGCGGAAGCAGGGACACGGGAGGGGUGCAGGCGGGAAAAAAUACUGAAACGUAUGAGCCUAGUAGCAAAAUUCCAAAAUUGAUACCAAAUUACUUUGAACGUUAAAUUAAUCUUGUACGAUGUGUUGCCCGCCAUAACCUUCCACGCGUGUAAUGGCCCGCCUCGCGAGAGAUAGGGCUUUUUCGUUCUUUGUGUUACGCGGUUUUGGUGGGUGCAUAAUGGGAAACACGAAAACAAAAACUGUAUGGAAAUAUUACCUUAUUGCUGUGUAGUGCAACUUUCAACACGGAGGGCAGUCAAACAAAGCUGGGACGAGUAUCGUGAACAAGGAGCGCGGAAAGUAAGAUAUACAAUGGAACGAUUAGUCAAGGGCGAGUCAGAAAGAGAGCGAAACAUAACGGAGCGAUCUCUUUGUAGUAAAAUUUUUAUUCUGUGACUUUUUCACCCUUUUUCGUGUUUGUUUUUUGUGUCUUCUUUGUCCAUUGAAAUGGGUUUAUGGACCGCAGCGAAGAAUGAAACAGAUACAAGAGGGAAAUAAUAGCAGGACAGUGUACGAAAGAAGAGAGUGAAAGGGCGCAAUAAACGCGGUAAGAAAGGAAACAAACUUUAAUUCAUAUUUAGCCGAACUAAGUUUAAUAAAUGAAAUCUAAUUGUGCUUAAACUAAUCAAUUUAAUCAAUCACUCUUUAACCUGUAUUUGAGAAUAUAUGGAUAAUCGUAAUAUAAUUUUGGAGCAACAACAAAAAAAACUACACACAGAGAAAUAUGUAACGCAUUCAUAAAAUAUACAUGAGCACAAAGGAGAUUUAAGCGAUGUAAUGAAACUAUUCCUACCCUACUACUUAACUUCCCGUCCUAUCUCUUCCCCAAAUAUACAAAUUCUGACGUUUUUUUUUAUCCACGUAUAUACGUUGUGAAUGAGUUGAGUAUUUUGUUUCAAUUAUAAUAAACCAUUUUAUAAGCUAGGAAAGCUGCAAAACAAAAGCAUGCAACAACCAAUCACUCCUACAAAGACACACACGUGCUUGCGUCUACACAACCAUGUUAUUUUGAACGAUUUGAACAAUAAAUUGCGGGAAACCUUUUCACUUUUUUAAAUAAUUGGACAGUAACAGAAUUACACAAUCGAGAUAUGAAACCAAUUACAUUCCCUAGCGCUUUUUUGAUAAGUUCUCGGGCGAUAUAAAAACAAAACAAAACUCUUUACACCGUGCGUGGGUGUGUAUUUGUGGGUAUGAGUUUCAUUGCAAUGCUACACCACCUCGCAAGCAUAUAAGCAUACACCUUGUUUUAUGAAACAAAAAUGCUAUCUGGAAGCGCACAAUAAGAAGCGUGGCGGAAUGUAGGGACAGAAAACAAACGCGGGGCAACGGUAUUAUAAUCUUCUAGUCAAGGUGCUUAUUAGUCAAAAUUCUACUUCAAUUUGGUGGGCGGUGUAGAACUGCUUGCAUGAGGCAAGCAUAUUUAGCAGAUACACAUAACUCUAUUUUUAUCAAAGCAUACGGAGAUAGGGAGGUGAGAGGAAGAAUAAUAGAGAAAAAGAAAACAAUAACGUACACAAUAUUAUUCGUAUUUUCAAUGUAUUUCUGUACCCGGUAGCUGUAUUUAUUGUCUCGAUGUGUGGUUUAGCGGUCUGGAAAGCAAGCAUAUUCAGAUAGUAUUGUGAUGCGGACUGCAUAGAUUGAGGCACUUUUGUUAAGGCAUACAUUUAAAGCGACCGUUUGUACAUGGCUACACGUUUAUUUCCGCGCAGAGCUGCAUAACAUCUCUUAUGGGCAGCACUGUCUAUGCCAGUUAACCUUAAUCAUUUUCUGUUAUCCUAUCCAAUUUAUUUUCGAUGUAGGUCGAUAUUCAAAAUCCUCUGCCAGUGUGUUUGCGUCAAGCUGUGGUUUAAAUUAGCAAGGUAAAACAGUGCACAUGGGCACCCUCACACACUUAGCGAUGCAUGUGCACGUAUGAUUAUAUAUGAAUAUAUAUCUAUGUUUGAAUAAGUUUUCCAAAUCACAUAAUUUAACGAGCAUAUAUAAAAGAACAAAGCAAACUAGUAUUUUGUAUAUUACGUAAACUACUAUGCAAUGAAAUUUAACUCCCUUCGUUGCUCGUUGCCCUCAACCUAAUCCUUUACCACAGGAUGCCACACACCCCUAACUAAAAAUGACUACAAUAGCAUAUGUCUGUUUAUGUGAGUGGGUGUAUCAAAAAGAAAUAUUGCAAUGAAUUUUCUUCCACCCGUACGUCCACUUGCCGUUAAUGAAGCAAAGGUAAUUCAAGUAAGCAUUAUGCGUUAGGUUUUCCUGUUUUCAUUCGUUUUUCUUCGCGCAAUGACAGAAACAAUGUUACAAAAUGAUAGAGCAGCAGAGCGAACAGAGAAGAAAUGGGAUAAAACAACAUGAGAAAGAAUAAGAAAAGAAAACACACGAAUGAAACGGGAAAACAAAACAUGAGCAAGGACUAAAUCAGAUCAGAAGGAAAUCUCAACAAAUGCAACCGAAAAAACUAAAGGAAAAGAAUCUCCACUCGUUCCCCCUCACGGUGCAAAACAGGUUCAAACUCCAACACAGGGCAAUCGAAAUAUAGUACCACAAUUGGAUGAAAGAAAAGAAAAAAUUACCCACAAAACAUAUAGCAAAUUGGAUUUCUUCUUUCAUUUGAAUCAGCGAUCUGUGUUGCGUUAGUAGCCUUACCGACUCUAACGCAGCACAGAAAUGCUAGUAAUUUGGUUAACACUUCCACACAGAAAGAAACAGCGAAAGGUUUGUUACGGUUGAGUAGCAUCAGAUUGGUUACUAGUCCAGACGCGGCCUACUUCCAUAUCAUAUUGCUCUAAAGAUGCGCCUAAAGGUAGGCUAUGCGCAUCACAACUACUGUGUACGCUUUACGUCUUUUGUUUAUUAUUUUUCUAUUUACAAUUAUAUUUUGUGCAACCUAAGCAAACUUUGGCACUCUUCGCCAUGGUUGGAUAGUUCUAUAAAUUCAGGGGCGCAAGCGCUAUAUUUUUCCACCGUACCAACGUUCAUUACUCCCGGUUUGUGUUUGUUGUAUUAGCGGAAUGUGUCGGUGUAUGUGAGUGUUAACUUUGCCAGAUGCACGACAUGACGAAAGACUGGACUGUUUUAGAUGCGAACAAAUCCCAUAAUGAAUGCUAAAUCCAGUGUCACUAUUUGAGAGCCGUGUGUGUAUUUGCUGUCGAAAAGAAACCCCAAGAAGCUUACUGGAGCAAAAUACAUUCAAGCAAUUCCUCCAAUCCUCUAUUCCUCCUUCUCCAAAAGCUUACUGUAGCUAAUGAAAGCAAACUAAGGCAUGGUAGCGAUACUCAUACAAAGCAAAUCCCUAAGCAUACGCAGCAAAAAAUGCUGAAUAUACCCAUUUUCGAACUAUUAAUGUUAAAUCUGGCGGUGGGUGUGACAGUGCUUAGGCAAAAGGGAACCGAAAAUAUACAAAUAUACAACACAAUGAAGGUAGUUUCUUUUAGGGGAAAAUUUUAUAAAAAAAAAACAUGUAAAACUUACGAGAGAGGGGCAUUUUUAAAACCCUCAAAAUCAAGCAACGUGCGAACAGCCGUGUCCGGGUGUCGAAUAGUACCGGCAUGUCCUACAGGUAGCUAGAGCAUCUCUUAUUGUGUAUGGGUGUGGAUCAGUGCAGUGUGCACCAUCGAGCAACUUAAGGUUUUUAUAUAAAUAUAUAAAAAUGCAGCUUGCAGUGCGGUAACAGCACACAUGCCCGCAAACAUCCAUUUUGAAGUACAAGAAACUGUUUCAAAAGGAAACACAUGUAAUCGUAAAAGUGAGGUUAUAUGGACGAGUAGUAGAUGAAAACAAACCAGUAAUCCGUUUCCAUGUGACAAGACAGAUCUACAAUCACCGUUCGUAAAAAGAAACGUGAAAUGAAUUAGUCAUUCCAUUUUGUUUCGGUUCGCAGUCACUCAAAAUGGCUUGCUAAUACCAGGAAGCAGUGUUUUUCGGGCGUUAAAAUUUCAAGUAAUUUACUAGUACGACUAGAGAUUGCUUAAAAGAGCUUCUGGUAAUCGAAUUGCCUACUGCAAGGCGCAACCUAUCAAAUAAAAUAGUCAAAACGCUCAAAGGUAUGCAAUUCGAAGAGCAAAAUUCACCGUUAUCUCGCAAAGCUGUUUUGGAAGCUUGCUAUUCUUUUUUUUUUCUUUUUCAAAAGGCUUCAGCCUCACCUUCCAAUACAUUUUAUGCACGAAACCACAAAAGAAUUAAUCAUAAGAAAAAGAACAAAUCAUUCGCAGUUGCAUGCGAGACCAGGAAGACUUCAGGAAGACUUGUAUAGGAAAAGAAGAAACUUUGCAACCGUACCCAUGUUUGUAGCCACAAAAAGGUGGUCUAAAUGGUUAUGACAGACAAUGCAACCAAACACCAACACGAUUUGUGAAUCUUAUAGGAAAAAAACAAAACAUGGAUGAGUGAUACAAAACGAAACCAACCUAGAAUUAAACACCGAAUGGAAAGUGUAGCAAAAGUAUUGUGCGCAUACCCGCCUGGAUUAAGCGAAGUGACAGCCUACCUUCAUAGCGGAUCGUAGAAUGGUCCUUGCCAUCGCAUACUACUAUCAUCAUUAUCAACAUUUUUAAAUCGCCGGCUCAUAUUCCCAUUUGUCCCAACCCAUGAGUUCCCACUGUUCCCACCAUCCUAGUACAUCAUUAAACUAAUGUCGUCCACAAACAUAUGAAAAGUAAUCAGGCGGGCGAUGGGAAGGCCAGUUGAGCAAUCCCUCCAAGGAUGCACAGAAAAAGCAAAAAUAAAACGAAAAACGAGUCAUCGAGUCAAAACAGUAGCCGUAGCAGACUAUUUUCCAGCCCAAUUUUCAUACAAACUGGUGGAGAAUAUCUUAAUAUUUAAAAGAACAGAUAUAUAAUAUAACUAAUUGAUUGAAUAGUGUAAGCAACCGUAAUGGACUAGCAGCUGAUUCCACGGUACCGAAAUACCACACCGUUAGUGGUUCCACAUAAAAUGUGGCUUCCAGGCAUCCCAUUAUACGUCAGUGUCGUAUUAUAUGUGAAUUUGUGUCAUUACUGCUUUAUCUACGGGUGCACUGUUCGUAUUCGGUAGGAACUACAUAUUGCUGGAAAGGGUCAACAAGAGCAGAACCCUUGCUGUUUGAGACAGAUACACGUUUCCAAUGUGAAUACGUUACUUCCCGUUUUUCUUCGAAUAAAUGUCAUUUAUGUUCAUUUUACUCUUCCUAUCUCUCCGAUGCCCUUUCGCCAAUGAAAGCAUUGUAUGUUUGCCAUAGCGCAACCUCCGGUAUAACCGACUGUUGGAUAGGAUGAAAUGGGCGUAAUGGGAGAGCAGGAAGAGGAUGACUCAAUAUAAAAUAAUCGUGCAAAAGACAAUUAACUUACUGCAGAAAAAAAAACAAACAUUUAAAUAUUGAUGUGUGGAGAUCUAAAGAGAACUAGAGCUGAAAGAAAACAGAAACAGAAUCCAGCAAAACAAUAUCAGUAUUCAAAGCAAACACGAACAUCCAUUCAAUCGAUUGAAAGAAAAGCUAUUGAAUGUGGGAACUAGGCAAGAAAGCCAUAAAUAUUUAAAGCCAGUGUGAAGGGAGAUGAUUUAAAACAAUGAAAGCAAAUAAGCAACAUGCGCGCAAACAUUAUACCAAACACAAACAUAAGACAAAAUUGUAUGUUACUUCUGGAGAUUUAAAACCAAAAACACAAAGCUGACAAUUCGAUAAUAAAUCAGAAAACAAAAA